AUGUGCAUAAAGUUAGAUAAAUAUCAUAUGAUGGUCUGUGUGAAAUACUUUAAUUCCAUCGACGAUUAUAUCUCCUUUGCUCAAGUUAACAAAAAGUGCAAAGAAGUGCUUUCAAUGUUUUUUUAUAAUCCACUUCCCAUCAAAAACACAAAAAUAUUCGACAAUAUGACAUGUCAAAUUUUAUAUAAUUCGAACGACACAGCUGUUCCCCACGUGGAGAAGUUUAUUAAUUUUAAA